AUGUGCACACCGUCAGAGAGAGUUCAGGGAAGGCAGGACUUGCCGAGCAUUCGAAAAAGCCACGGCUUCUCCAAGAAAUUCUUUCUGAACUGUUGGCUGGUGCGGCGCAUCAUCACCUGGGCCUCCCCCAACCCAAAAGGUUACCCUCAGACUGUCCACAGGCGCGGAUUGAGAGCUUGUCUCAUACGACUCUUUUCAUGCUCGGCGGGCAAAAAGCCAUCCUCCAGUCCUCAAAACAGCGUUGAAGAUGAACUGGAGCUGUCUACAGUCCGCCAUCGCCCCGAGGGCCUGGAGCAGCUGGAAGCUCAGACACGUUUCUCCCGGAAGGAGCUACAGAUCCUCUACCGUGGCUUCAAGAACGAAUGUCCCAGCGGAGUCGUCAACGAAGAUACCUUUAAAGACAUCUACGCACAGUUCUUCCCACAAGGAGGUAUAUUAGGUGUUACAGCUGGCGUUGGGCUGGAAUGGUCACUAAUGUUUUUACAUUUUCUGUUUGCUGUCCUCACAGAUGCGUCGACAUACGCGCACUUCCUGUUCAACGCAUUCGACACGGAUCACAACGGUUCCGUGAGUUUUGAGGAUUUUGUUAUGGGGCUUUCAAUCCUCCUGCGAGGCACGGUGCAGGAGAAACUCAUCUGGGCCUUCAACCUUUAUGAUAUCAAUAAAGAUGGAUACAUCACUAAAGAGGAAAUGCUGGAUAUCAUGAAGGCCAUCUAUGACAUGAUGGGUAAAUGCACGUACCCGGUCCUGAAGGAGGAGACGCCCCGUCAGCACGUAGAAGUCUUCUUUCAGAAGAUGGAUAAGAAUAAAGACGGAGUGGUAACCAUAGACGAGUUCAUCGACUGUUGCCAAAAUGAUGAAAACAUCAUGCGAUCAAUGCACCUCUUUGAAAAUGUUCUCUAACUCCUGGCUGCCCGUGGAAGCUUUUUUUGGAAGAGAACAUCAUCUUUCGCAUGGCCCAAUUACUGACUUGGACUCGUACUGUGUACAGUGUGCUAUGCAGACUUUUGACCAUAGAUAAAAUGUUGUUCAUUACUGUGGGCCACAAUUAGGAGGCUGCGUGGUGAGAACACUCUGGAAUGAACCGCUUUUUACUCCGAUUAUUUCAAACAGCCAGCUGGAGACAAAACACUGGAGAACACGAUUCAAAGUAAAGGAGGGAAACUCUUUUCUUGGGUAUAAAUCGAUUUUCACUACAAGUUUAUGGUUUUAAAUAUAGUUUUAUUUUCCGCCAAGUGAAAUCACUGACUUCUCAGAGCAUCGAACUAUUAAACACAAGAUCUGAUUUAGUGUCACAUGGACCAGUUUAAAGAUUCCAGAGUGUUCCUACUGACCGAGUGGGAUUUAGGAUUCUGCUUUUAUAUGAAAGACUAAGAUGAAA